AUGAACGUGGUUCAUGGAAUGAAGAGGAUUCCUCGCAUUAAGUUCCCUCAGCGUCACCUCAAACCUUCAGAGGGAACGAAGCAGGUGGAAAAUGAAGCAGAUACAUUCUUCUUCUCCAACCUCAACGCGCCCAAGACUAUAGGCGGGAAGGCCUCACUGCAGCCUAAGCGCACCCCUGUUUCUAACGAAGAGAUGGAAGCCAUUUUGCUGGGAGGCUGCAUCUGA